CCGUCCCUGAGCCCCGCCGCCGUGCGGGAGGCGGCUGCGCGGGGCCCCGCUUCUAGGGGCAGCCGGUUGCGCCUCCAGCCCUGCCGGUGGCGGUAGCCGUGAGGUGAGGCGUCGCUGUGCGGGCGCGCUCGCCUGUGAGCGCCCCCGGGCCUGCCGCCGCCCAGGUAAAGGGACCCCGCCCCAGGGCCGCGAUGCCAGGCGGGCUGCCUGGCCUUGGUCAGGGUGUUGUAUCUGCAGGGAGAGCCGGGAUAUCUGGAAGGAAAGCCGGGUUCCGGUCCCGGCGGUGUUCUGUGGGGCUCGUUUACCGCCCGAGAGCCGCUCGGUCACCGGAAUGAGGCGUGGAUGGGCAGCUCCCUGGCCGGCAGGUGGGGCCUCGUUCCCCCAUCCCGGUACGGGCCGUAGGAUCCGUGUGAGGGGCCGGCCCAGCUGAGUACUGACCCCGUGGAACAAAGACCAGAAGCACCACAAACCAGUGCCAUUUUUAUGCUGCUGUGAGGAGAUCCACUGACUCUGUCCAGCUGGUGCUCAGCCACAGUGGCUUGUGGUAGCACUAAGUGUCCUGUGAGCCUCAGCACUGACUGGAUCAGCUGGUGGCAGGAACUGAUUUUGCAACAAUGAGAUGCCUCACGCACACACCGCUCAGGAGGUUGUCAUGUCUCUCACCUCCGUGCAUGCCAGGGAGAUGGAAUCAAAUCCUCACUCCAAAGUGGUCAUUCCUGAGGCAGAGCUGCAGUGCAAACCAUGGGGUCGUGACUGCCACUGAUGUGGUCAACUACUGGCAGAAGGUGUUUGAGACAAAUGGGAUCCCUGAAGCACGAGAAUCCAGUGAAUAUAUUGUGUCAUUUGUCCUGGGAGCAAAAACAUUUCAGAGCUUGAGUUCCAAAAUCCUCCACACUCCACUUACAGCAGCGCAGCAGGAGCAAAUCCAGCAGCUGAGCAACAAGCGACUGGAAAGAAUGCCGGUGCAGUACGUACUUGGUGAGUGGGACUUUCAGGACCUGACUCUGAAGAUGAGACCCCCAGUAUUUAUUCCUCGGCCUGAAACAGAGGAUCUCGUCUCUCUAGUUGUGGAGGAAGAAUCUCUGAAGUACGAGAAGAAUUCAGGCCUCUGCUUCCCGGUUUCUGCCGCUCAUCCUGUGAUCCUGGAGAUUGGCUGUGGCUCUGGAGCAAUUGCUCUGAGUCUGUUGUGCAAACUGCCACAGAGCCGGGUGAUAGCCAUGGAUAAAGAGGAGGCUGCUGUGGAUCUCACCAGGGAGAAUGCACAUAGGCUGCAACUCCAGGAGAGGAUCCAUGUCCUGCACCAUGAUGUUUCAUACAGUUCUGCCAAGCAGCUGCUACUCUGGGGCCCUGUAGACUUCAUAGUCAGUAACCCCCCGUAUGUUUUCCAUGAAGACAUGGCUUCCUUGGAUGCGGAAAUCCUCCGCUAUGAGGACCUUGGUGCACUGGAUGGGGGAGAUGAUGGAAUGAGAGUCAUCAAAACAAUUUUGGCUUUGGCUCCUUCUCUUCUGAAAGAUUCUGGGAGCAUGUUUCUGGAAGUUGAUCCCAGACACCCAGAUAUGGUGAAGAACUGGCUACAGGCACACCCCAAUUUACUACUUGUCCUCCGUGCCAUUCACAAGGACUUCUGUGGCAAGCCUAGGUUUCUGCACAUCCAAAAACAAAGCAGGUGACAACUGUACCAGAAAUAACUCUUCCUGCAGUGUGCUUUUUACUGAAGAGCUUGUUGGAAACUGCGUGGCAAAACAAAACUCCACUUCAUCCAGCGCUGGACACUUUGAAGAUUCAGCUGGACAGGGUGCUGGGACAUUAAGUCUAGGUCGUGCUUUACCAAGAAAGGUUGGACCAGAUGAUCCUUGAGGUCCCUUUCACCUUGGCAUUCUAUGAUAAUGCAUUGACCUCUCCAUGCAGUGGCAGACCUGAUACAGACUUCAUCCAGAGAUGCAGAAGUUCAACAGAGCAUGUAGAAGUGUUUCACUUUCCUUGGGGAACUGUGUGAAGCUUUUUAGUUUGCUCUCUAAUGUGACUCGUUGAAGAGUUCACAGCUCCAGCUAUUUCAUUAAAAACCCAACUUCGCAACAUGUCAGAUCACCCAUUUCACCGAGAAAGAGCUUCACUUUUUUGUUGGGUCUUUUUGCCUGGAAAUAAAUUUAUGUAGAGUGUGACCAGAUUGGAUGAUUGAUAGGUCCAAACUCUGCUUUGUAUUGGCACAUGGAUUUGCAGAUAUAACAGGACACGAGUAACCUAUACAUUUCAAACUCAGUUCUAUUCCAGGGUCCUGAUGCUCUGGAGCAGAUCUCCAACAGCAAAGCAGCUUUUGUUUCCCAGUCCUGCUGAGUGACAUGUCAUUGAAGGAUCAGUGCACAUGUUACACCACCUGAAUCUACAGCACCUGACACUUGAUGGAUGCUGCCAGGAACCGUCAAAACAUUGUAAUAAAGAUAGUGCUUCAGCUCAGUGUUCUUACAAGAGUUGCUGUGCAGUUACGUUUUAAAACAUGCUGGCAGAUCUGAGUAAACGUCUGGCACCUGCACAUUGCUUCUGAUAGUAAUAGAGAUGCCUAAUUUCCAUGUAAGGCUUUUAAGUACCAGACUUUACAAGGGAGUCCAGAAUCACUAUUCCAGUUUUGUAGAUGGAGAAGUUGAGAAACAGGAGGUGAAAUGACUUGUACAGAAUUUGACAACAAGCUGAGUUUGGAGUAGGACCCAGUCUCUUGACAGUGGUGGAAUAGCUGAGGUCUGUUUCUUUGGGAAGGAUGACUCAAGAGUAGGGCUGCCUGAAGCAACACUGAGAGAAGUCCCUGAAAUGGACAGUCAACAUCAUGACAUUAUAGAUAAUGGCAGGAUUAAAUUCAAGCUGCUGCUUGUUGCUGCUGUUUCCAGUGUUACAAGUUCCCUUACUCACCAUAGCUAGCCAGGGAAGGAAGGAAAGUAAAUGGAAUGAUCUGGUUCACCACUCUGGAUGGAAGCAGUUGCUGGGCCAGUGGAGGUGAGCAGUGGGUAGGGGUGGAAGUGUCCAGGCAGUGACCUCUGCAGUCUGCAUGUGCCAGGGAGGUGCUAUCAGGUGCUCUGUCCAGGCUGAACUGCAGUACGUAGCCAAAAUACUGGGUAGGAGAUGUAUCAGCAAACUGCAUCUGUUUGGGAGGCUGCAGCAGAUUCAAAGGACUUUACAUGAGCACUGAUAGAUCUAGUCCCUUCCCCACACUCACACUCCCCACUCUUUCAUUUGCUCUUUAACUCUUGAACAUUGGCCCUGCUUUUCCACAGAUGCCCGAGCUCUGUCUGAUGUACCAGUGCUCAGGUCUCUGACUGGAUCCUUUCCCAUCACCCUCAGGGCUUUUACAGCUCUGUUCAGUGGCCUUUCACCCACCCUACCACUCUGUGCACCCCAGCCCCAGUAGUUCCCCAUGUCCCACACACUCUUUACUUGAAGUUAUGAGCCUCUCUGGACUGCAGUACCUGCCCUGGUUAAAGACGGUGGAGGAAAUCUAGGGGAGGAGAGAACUAAAACAAGUUCAGUUAAAAUGCACUUGAUUCUAGGUUUAGGAAUAAAGUUCCAGCACAGCUGAUUUCUGACAGGUUUGCCUGUUAGAGCUGAGAGUACAAAUUGUAGUCAAAAAGGGGGUUUUGUUUGGGGUUUUUUAGGGGUUUAUUUUUUAAAUAGUAGCUUAGGGUCUUUUUUUAAGCCCAGUUUGUCAGACUUGAUUUAAAAAUGAGAUUGGAAGAACUGAGUUCACAGAUUUCCUGUGGGUGUUAGCAAUGUUUAUGUAUGAAACUACAACAUGCACAGCUUCUGCUGGGUGAUUUACUGUCUUGUGAGAGUGUGAAACAGCAUCAUGUUGCAUUCUUCAAGGGGUACGCUGAUUCCCUACAGCAGGCUGGAGUUAGAUGUCCCUCUUGGUGGCUGGGCUGCAGAAAGCAGUGUGCCUUUUCUGGGAACCAUCAAUUACUUGUCCGAGCUCUGAGCAGUCCACUUUCCCUGUGAGACGGACUCUUGGUCUAAUCCAGAAGGACAAGUGUUAAAUUCCUAUAUUUAUAGCUGAAGCAGUAAUAAAAACUCUUGCAUUUCUGUGGGUUUGCGUUGUGCACUGGUUAUAUGUCUCAGAAAAUCACAUGGUGCUGCUGACCUUCUCCUAAAGAAAGGAGACAAAUUAUCCUUCCUCCCCAGAGGCUGGAUUUAUU